AUGUACCAAGCCUUACUGGAAACCCAAAUCGGCUGUGCGAUUGGCAUCGAGGACGAAAGUUUCCUGACUACCGUAACGUUAGCAUUCAGCAGGAUGAUGUUCGACUUCGACCGUGAGCGCAAAGGGCAGCACAUCAUCGUGGUCGAUGGGGAUGAUACUGUCUGGCGGUACGAUGAGAAAAUUCACAAUAUCUGUACAAGACUUGGGAUUGAUCCGUCUUGGGUUGUGGAUCAUGGGUGGGAGCCGGUUUCGGAUGAGGAGUUUGAGAGGCCGGGGUUGCGGAUGCAGAUGGCGCGUGGUUUGCUGAAGGGUUUCCAGCAGACGACGGGGGUGAAGAGGCCGGGUGGGGAGAGGCAGGUUGUUGAUUUGGAUGUUGAGCAGGUCAAGUGGAGUGAGAAAUAUGGUGAGGCGGUGGCGAAGCAGCUCAGACGUAGAGUCGAUGAUGAGAUGGCGGAUUGGGAGUAUUUAGUGCAGUUCAAGAUCUAG